CUCUGACAGUUUGCAAUGUCGGAAUCGCCACCGCUUCCCCACCGCGACGAACCGACUCCGUCGAAGUCUCGUCAUGACUCCCCACCCAAGUCCAGCCCUCUCAGCACCGCUCUCCCCCUCCGCCAUGUCUACACCCGCCGCCGCGGCCACUAUCACAGAUCUCAAGUAAACCAAGGAGAAGACAUGGGUCCAGACAAGGAGGAGCGUCAGCCGACUGGCGGCGGCGCCAGUCAGGCCGCCCGCAGCAGCGUUGGACCCGACUCGACCCCACCGGCCGACCAGCCUAUAAUAAGUGAAAUGGACACCGGCUCGCCGCUGUGGCGCCUCUCGCUUGGAACCGGCUCGAGCCCCACCUGUCAGCGACGACCCGCCUCGCCGCCGCGCACAAUCCGUCUGCUAGGGUUCGAGCUGCCGGCCAUGGCGCCGCCGCCGCCAUCCGAACAGCCGGAUGCCCCCGCUGCCGGAGCCGGCGCCAUCUCCAAGGUCCUCAUCGUCAUGGCGAUGGAGACGGAGGCGACGCCGCUCGUCAACAAGUUCAGGCUCGUCGAGGCGCCCGCCCACGAAUCCAUAUUUCCUAAAGGUGCUACAUGGACUAGGUUCUAUGGAAACUACAAAGACCUCCACCUUGACCUUGUGAUGCCUGGAAAGGAUGUUGUUUUUGGAGUUGACAGUGUUGGUACUGUAUCGGCAUCUCUUGUGGCUUAUGCUUCCAUUCAAGCAUUGAAGCCAGACCUUAUCAUUAAUGCUGGCACUGCUGGUGGCUUCAAGACCAAAGGAGCAAGUGUUGGAGAUGUCUUCCUAGCUUCAGAUGUGGCAUUCCAUGACAGGAGGAUACCGAUACCUGUUUUUGACAUGUAUGGAGUUGGAGCACGGAAAACUUUUGCAGCCCCUAAUAUCUUGAAGGAACUCAAUUUCAAGCUUGGCAAGUUGUCGACUGGUGAUUCUCUUGAUAUGUCUCCCCAGGAUGAGGAGAUGAUACUGAAGAAUGAUGCUACAGUCAAGGAUAUGGAGGGAGCAGCAGUGGCGUACGUCGCAGACAUAUUCUCAACUCCAGCAAUCUUUGUGAAAGCCGUGACUGAUAUCGUGGAUGGGGAGAAGCCAACAGCGGAAGAGUUUCUGCAGAACCUGAUCUCCGUGACAGCAGCACUGGACGUGGCGGUCACCAAAAUGAUUGAUUUCAUCAGCGGGAAGCGCAUCACUGAUCUCUGAGAACUCCAACUGCUUCUCCAUGCUGUCGUGGUCGGCAGAAAAAACUGAAUAUGCUCAUGAAAUCCAAGAUCCCCCUCUUGCUUUGAUACACAAUACUAGGAUACAAUACAAAUACAAUAGGCUGUAUGCAUGAUUUUUUGGAGGGGUCCUGUAUGUGAGGUUUAACAUUCUUAACCCCCGUGUACAAAAUGCUGGGCGAUUACUCUGGGCGAGACAUAGCGUCGAAUUUUGUAGAAUAAUUUGCGAGGUGUACUUUCUUGCGGAAAUAAAACGCUGGGGGAGAACUGGAAUCCUCGUGGGAUUAGUUGAA